UUGAUGGGAAACGUAAAUAAAUAUUUAUAAUUUAAAAAGCUUAAAUUUAUAUUUCAUAGUGAGUUUAAUCAACUCUUGUGUUCACCGUUACUAUACUAAAUGCCUGAUGGGCUAAAUAUGUUUGUUCAUUAUGAAUUUCGCCCCUUUUAAUUAAAUAAGACAUACAUGAGGUAGUAAUUAAGACCAAAACGUACCAACGAAGAUUUAAGUAGGUAUAUGAAUAAAAUUUACUGUGGAAAAGGGCAAACAUUAUGCAUUUAGUCAUCUCAGAUUUCGUAUCUGGACUCAAAUCUCGCAAUUUUGACACCCGACACAAUGCUAUUCGAGAUCUUCUUCAUUACGUUCGAACAGAACUCAGAGAGCUUUCCCAAGAAGCUUUAACACAAGCUCUCGACGAAUUAAAUCAACAAAUUCACAUUUUAACAUCGGGUUAUGAUAAUAAUGAGAAAAAAGCUGGUAUACUAAUUAUAGUGUGCUUGAUAAGUGGAGAUAAUGACAUAAAUAAGACUAGAAUAUCACGCUAUGCUCAUUACUUAAGAAAUAUAUUCCCUACAAGUGAUACUAAUAUCUUGGAGUUAGCGUCCAAAACGAUGGGUCGUAUAACAGUAACACUUGGAAUAAAAAGAGGUGAAUUUGUUGAGAAUGAAAUCAAAAGAUCAUUUGAGUGGUUAGCAGAGGAUAGAAGUGAGUCCAAGAGACUAUCUGCUUGCUAUAUUUUAAAGGAAUUGGCGAUAGCUAUGCCUUCAUAUUUUUUCCAACACAUAAAUGGCUUCUUUAAUCAUAUUGUAAUUGCACUGAAAGAUCCAAAGGAGCAAAUAAGAGAAGUUGCAGCUAAGGCUUUAAGAGCUGCUUUUGUUGUAACAUCUCAAAGAGAAGUUCCAGGGCAGCAGAAAAGAGCUCAUUGGUAUAUACAGUGUUACGAAGAAGCAAUGUCUUCAUUCUGUGAUCAUAAUGCUAGAGACAGAGGUUUAAGUAGAGAUGACAAUGUUCAUGGAGCUCUCUUGAUAAUAAAUGAGCUAUUAAGAUGUGCUAACUCUUCUUGGGAAAAGGAGUACACAUCACUGAUGCAGAAACUAGAUGCUGGUCAAGAUACUUCAGAUGAAAUGUCUUCAUUUAAUUCUAAAUUACAAAGUACAUGGCAAUACCAAAACGACUCGGAAGAUAAAAUUCAGACUGUUGUAAUUCUAGAAUCAAGUAUAUGCAGGCAACUUAUUACGGAUAAAUAUGAUAAAAUUGCUAGUGAUGUUAUGGCUCAACAGAUCUCAAGGUCACAUAAUGUUCAUCAAAUGCUCCUCUUAGUUAUACCAAGACUAGCUGCUUUCAACCGUGAAUUAUUUGCAAAAAAACACCUUAAGUCGACUAUCAAUCACCUGAUUACAUUCUUAUGUGGUAAAGAAAAAGAAAAAGCAAUGGCUUUCACUACAUUAGGGUUAAUUUGUGUUGCCAUAAAAACCAAUAUUGAUCAGUAUCUAAACAGAAUAAUUGAGAUAAUCAAAUCAACACUGCCGAUCAAAGAUGCUUCUAAAAAGAAGAAUGGAAUCGAUACCUCUCUAUUUAAGUGUGUAACCUUGUUAGGAUUUGCAAUGAAGGAAAAUAUAGCGAGUGAGUUAAAGAUAUUAUUAGAUCCUAUGUGUGCGUCUGGCUUAAGUCCACAACUAACCACAUGUUUUAAGGAGCUAAGUCAAAAUGUCCCAUCAUUACAGAAAGAAAUAGCUAACAGACUGUUGAAUAUACUAUCGUUGAUAUUACGCAAAAAGCCAUAUCUCUUGAACACGAAUAGUGAUGUUCAGAAAAAUUAUAAUUUUUCGACUGCUGUGUAUAUGGAACCACAUGAUGCAGCUAAACUAGUUUUGGCUCUACGUACACUUGGUGCUUUUGAUUUUGAAUGGAAUAACACAAUGAUGUCCUUUAUAAGGAGAUGUACAGACCAUUAUUUGCAAAGCGAGCAGCAUGACGUCAGGUUGGAGUCGGUAAAAACGAUAGCCAGGCUGCUGAUAAAAGCUGUUGAUAGAUGUUCACAAACAAAUUCACAAACUUUGUAUGUGCUUGUUGAUGAAACUCUGGGUAAACUAAUUUCAGUGGGCCAAUCUGAUUUGAAUGACGAAUUUCGUCUUAAGGUUCUUGAAGUUUUCACAAAUCCUGUUUUUGACAAGUUUUUAGCAACUGAGGACCAUCUUAAGUGUCUAUUGAUCGCUAUUCAUGAUUCGAAUCCUGAUGUUUGCGAUGUGGCCCUAUGUAUAGUAAGCCGACUCAGCAACUUGAAUCCAAGCUUUACUACGCCUAUGUUGCGGCAACUAUUUGUACAAAUACUUCUAGAAUUGCAACAUUCAGAAUCUUCGCGUUGUAAAGAACAGUCAAUAAGAAUGCUGAAUAAUAUUAUAAUAAAUGCGCCGAUGCUUACAAGACAAUAUGCAGACACUAUCCUGAAUGUUUUAGUACCAAAGUUAAUGGAGGAUGAAAGCAGUUCAGUGAUGAUAUCAACAAUGCUUAAAGCCAUUGGUGAUUUAGCAGAAGUGAAUGGAAGUGGUGCUGCUUUGUCUCAAUGGAUACCACAGUUGAUGGCCAAACAUCUGGAAAUACUCUCUGAUGCAAACCAACAAGAAAAGAGAAGUGUUGCUCUGUGGUCAUUUGGACAGGUGAUAAGCGCCGAAGGAUGUGCUGUAACGCCGUACAUGAAUCAUCCAAAUUUGAUGGAUAUUCUUCUUAACUUUCUGAAAACCGAACAACAAAGUAGGGACAGAAGGGAGACGAUCCGCGUUUUAGGUUUGUUGGGUGCCUUGGACCCAUAUCAACAUCGGAUCAAUCAAGGACAUAUAGAUUUUCAGACCAUUUCUACACUUAUACCGAUUCCAGAAACUAUAGAUACAAUAGAAAACUUCGAUUCGAGCGUCAGUGAAAUGUUUGUAAGCAUGUCGCCGAUUGUUCUCGAUGAAUUUUAUCCCGCGAUUGCAGUGACGUCACUGAUGCGAAUAUUACGAGAUCCUCUUUUAGCACAGCAUCAUACUAGUGUUGUUCAUUCUGUAACAUUUAUAUUUCAAACUUUGGGAAUCAAAUGCGUGCCAUACAUAUCGCGAGUAACGCCGAGUCUUCUUUACGUAAUACGCAACACGGACAAUGAGAACUUCCGAGAAUUCCUAUUCACUCAAUUAGCUCAAUUGAUUUCGGUGGUGAAAAUACAUAUUCGGCCGUAUUUACAAGACAUUGUUGUUCUUAUACGCGAGUAUUGGACUCCAGACAGUCAAAUGCAGGCGACUAUAAUUCUAUUAUUGGAACAUAUCACAGUUGCAAUUGGUACUGAAUUCAAAGUGUACAUUAGAAAAAUUUUACCGAAUAUUUUGAGAGUAUUAAAGAAUGACAAAAGCAAGGACCGCAUUUUGACGGAGAAAAUGCUGCUAACUAUGCAAAAGUUCGAGAACAAUUUAGAUGAUGUUCUUUUAACGACGGUUCCGGCGAUCACGGCGUUGUUUUACGGCAGAAAUAUCCCAACCUCGAUAUCGAAACUGGCAAUGGAGACAAUUGAACAUUUAUCCAUACAUUUGUAUCUAAAACCUUAUUCUGCAGUCCUGAUACAAAGUGUUGUACGUGUCUUGGAGAACAAUCCAACCUUACGACAAACAGCGAUGAAUACACUUUGCGCUUUAAUAGUUCAGUUGGGACGGGACUAUAUAUAUUAUAUUAAUUCUGUCGAUAGAAUAAUAAUGAAGCAUAAAAUACAAUGUAUUAAUUAUAUCGUUUUGGUAUCGAGACUUCAAGUUACCUCAACACUUGCAUCUGAUGACGAUUAUUUAGCUGAAACUAGGUCCAGAUUGAGAAAUCGGAAGACUGAUGUGGUAAAGAAUGAUACACAAAAUAUUCAAAAAUUGGUACUGAAUACACAAAAUCUGCGAAAAUGUUGGUCAGUGAAUAAUGUCAUAUCUAAAGAUGAUUGGUUGGAGUGGCUUCGUCAGUUUAGCAUUGGAUUACUGACGGAAUCAAAUAGUACAGCAAUUAGAGCAUGUGCAAGUUUAGCUCAAAACUACCCGCAACUGGCGAGUGAUUUGUUCAACGCAGCAUUUAUGUCAUGUUGGACUGAAUUGAGCGAACAGCUACGUGCGGAACUUGUAGUGUCCUUAGAGAGAGCACUCAGUGUAUCAGAUGCGCCUGAAUUAGCUCUUACUAUUUUGAAUCUUGCUGAGUUUUUGGAACAUUGCGACAAAGGCGCUUUACCUAUUUCAAUCAAGUUACUAGGUGAUACAGCUAUUAGUUGCCGAGCCUUUGCAAAGGCUCUUUAUUAUAAGGAAGAAGAAUAUAGGCGGGAUCCUUCCACACAGAUUGUAGAGGCACUUAUACAUAUAAACAAUAAAUUGCAACAGAAACAAUCUGCUAAUGGAUUGCUAGAGAAAGUAAUAGCGCAGAAAAAGAAUAGCGACCCAUCACUCAAUGUCCAUGUUAGAUGGUAUGAGAAACUACAUAACUGGGAAAAGGCUUUAGAUUUGUACAGUAAGAAAAUUGAAUUAGAAGCACAGGAUAACGAGUCCAAGUUAGGCAUGCUAAGAUGCUUAGAGGCUAUGGGAGAAUGGGGUAAACUAUAUAAUACUUUAACUGAGCAGUGGGAUAACAUGGCAGAUGAUAUCAAGAAAAACUCUGCGAAAAUGGCUGCAGCUGCUUCGUGGGGACUACAAGAAUGGGAUUCAAUGAAAAAGUUUGUUGACUGUGUUCAUGAAGAUACGCAGGAUGGUGCCUUUUACAGAGCAGUACUCGCUAUUCGUGAGGGAAAUUGGGCAGAUUCAAGACAUUACAUCGAUUCUGCAAGGACACUGUUAGAUGGAGAAAUAUCAGCUGUUAUUGGCGAAAGCUAUCAAAGAGCUUAUAGUGCACUUGUGAAUGCUCAGAUGUUAACUGAACUAGAAGAAGUGGUUACAUUUAAGCUUGUCGAAGAUCGGCGGGCAACGAUGCGAAAAAUGUGGUGGGCCAGGCUACAGGGGGGUCAACCUCUGGUUGAAGAUUGGAGGAAAAUACUCCAAAUUCGUAGUCUCGUUUUGACUCACGAAGAAGACAGCCAAGCCUGGCUUAAGUUCUCAUCCCUGUGCAGAAAAACUGGUUCAGUAAAUCAGGCCCAUAAAAUUGUAUUGUCGAUUCUCGGUUCUGAUCCUGUCACGAAUCCAGAUGUUUUGCUUGGAGCGCUGGAUCCACGGGUCAUAUUAGCCUACAGCAAAAAUAUAUGGGACGCUGGCAACAAGAGAUAUGCUUACGAGGUGCUACAACGGUUUGUAGACAAUACUGAAGCCGACGGCGAAGAACAGUGCAGAUUACUCGCGCGGUGUCAUCUAAAACUCGGAUCUUGGUGUGAAUCCUUGCAAGAGAUAAAUGAAUUAUCUAUUCCGGAAAUUUUAAGGAACUACGCAGCAGCAACAUUCCUUUCUCCUGAUUGGUACAAGGCAUGCCAUGCCUGGGCUUGCAUGAACUUUGAAACUGUCUUAUUCUAUAAACAACAAGAUAAUUUAUCUGAGAGCAGUGUUGCGGGUGGUUCUGGUGAUAAGAAAGUGUCGAGAACAGAUUUUAUAAACACGUACACAAUUCCAGCAAUAGAAGGGUUCUUUAAAUCGAUAAGUUUAUCGAAUGGAAACUCUUUACAAGAUACAUUGAGACUGUUGACUUUAUGGUUCGAUCACGGGCAUCAUCCUGCUAUCUACGACGCGUUGUUCGAAGGUACAAGACAAAUCGAUGUUAAGAUCUGGUUGCAAGUAAUACCGCAGCUGAUUGCGCGAAUAGAUUCUCCAAGAAGUCUCGUUGCCAAAUUAGUGCAUAUUCUUUUGAUAGAUAUUGGAAAAAUGCACCCACAAGCGUUGGUCUAUCCACUUACAGUCGCCACAAAGUCCUCAUUUGUGACACGGAAAAACGCGGCGAAUUAUUUACUGAAGAUUAUGUGCACACAUUCGCAAACAUUAGUUGGAGAGGCAGCUAUAAUAUCCGAGGAGUUGAUAAAUAUUGCAAUGUUAUGGCAUGAUCAGGUCUACACAGCCUUAGAAGAUGCGUCAAGGUUGUACUUUAGUGAAAAGGAUUACCGCGGCAUGUUUAGGACUCUUGAGAAGAUGCACGCUAUGUUGGAUAGACCUCCGAAAACGUUGAAGGAAGUCUCCUUUCUACAGAUGUAUGGGAGGGAUCUGCAAGAGGCGCAAAGGUGGUGUGAGCUCUAUAAGGAGACGAAUGAAGAUCGUUACUUAAACUCGGCGUGGGAUCUAUACUGCCACGUGGUGCGUCGUAUUGGCGCGCAGUUCCGGAUCCACACGUCUCUGGAGCUCCAGUACGUGAGCAAGCGGCUGCACACGUGUCGGGAUCUGGAGUUGGCUGUUCCAGGCUCGUACGUGCCCAACGAACCCGUCAUCAGGAUAUCUAACAUACACAGCCAGCUGCAGAUUAUAAAGUCCAAACAGCGUCCACGCCGCCUAGUGAUACAAGGGUCAGAUGGUCGGCAGUACAUGUUCCUCCUCAAAGGUCACGAGGACUUGCGGCAGGAUGAACGGGUGAUGCAGCUCUUCGGCCUCGUCAACACGCUGCUGCAAGCAGACUCUAACACGUACAGACACGACCUGGCCAUACAGAGAUACGCUGUGAUACCGCUGUCGCCGAACUCUGGGCUAAUCGGCUGGGUUCCGCAAUGCGAUACUCUCUAUAACCUAGUGAGUGACUACAGAGACAAGAAGUCCAAUAAAAUGACGCUCAACACCGAACAACAGAUCAUGAUGAAGAUGGCUUCCGAUUAUCAGAAACUCAUGUUGGUGCAUAAGGUGGAAGUUUUUGAAUAUACUCUAUCACAGACGCCGGGAAAUGAUCUGGCUCGACUGUUGUGGCUAAAGAGUCCUUCGGCAGAAUCUUGGUUCGAACGCCGCACCAACUACACCCGCUCCCUGGCAGUGAUGAGCAUGGUCGGUUAUAUCCUGGGUCUGGGAGACAGGCAUCCCUCGAACAUCAUGCUGCAUAAAGUCACGGGGAAGGUCUUGCAUAUAGACUUUGGCGAUUGCUUCGAAGUGACCCAGACGCGAGAACGGUUCCCUGAAAAGAUCCCGUUUAGGUUGACGAGGAUGUUGAUAAAUGCUAUGGAGGUAACGGGUAUCGAAGGCACUUACCGCUUUGCGUGCGAAUCUGUAAUGCACGUGCUGCACAAGCACAGAGAUAGCGUCAUGGCGGUCCUAGAGGCGUUUGUCUAUGACCCCUUACUCAACUGGCGACUCAUAGAUAACGACAAACAUUCCCUAUCGGAAUCCACUUUCUCAUCAGACAGUGAUACAUCCUACUCUUUGCCGAGCAGAAGUCGCAACCAACUCCAUUACGAGUCGUUAGAAAUGCCUCCUGAAUCCAAUCUUAACAAGCGAGCUUUGGCCAUUUUGAAUAGGAUCAGAGAUAAGUUGACUGGACGGGACUUCCCCCAUAUCGAGGCGGUUGUGAGCGUACCCAAACAGGUCGACCUUCUCAUCACUAUGGCUACUAAUAAUGAGAAUUUGUGCCAGUGUUACAUAGGAUGGUGCCCAUUUUGGUAAUGCGAAAUCUUUGCUGUCAAGAAAAUAAAUGUUACGCGUGAGGAGGGUUUAGAAAACAAGUAUAAUUUCGCACAUAAUUAAUUAUUACAUGUAGCAACACUCAGAAAUAUACUGUUGUUCAUUGGCCUAUAGAUUUGCAUCCCGUGCCACUAAAUAAAUAAAAAAAAAGAUUUUCUCAGAUUUUAGACACGUAAAACUCAGCUGAGAUCAACCUUCAAGUGGAAAUCUAUGAAUGAUUUUUGCGAUAUGCGGUCUUGUUAACCUAUUUGGUAUGAGAAACGGAACGCAUUUUUACACACGUGACAGGAAAUUGUACAAACACGUACAAGACUUGUAGUUAGAGAAUUGUAGUGUCGCUCAGAAUUUUUGGGUUUUCAAAUCCUGAGCGGCACUGCAUUGUACUGGGCAAGGCGUUUCAAUUGCCAUCAGCUGUACGCCCUGCUCGUCUAGUCCCUCUUUUUCAUAAAAAAAACCUAACUACGGCGAUGUGUGUAUUAAACGGGAAUUUUAAAACGUCAAAAUACAGCUGUUAUGAUGACGCAAGGAAUUGUUGAUCUCCUCAUUGUUAGGCAAGUCUGAGUUUUUCUUAAGUCGUCGUUAUGGUGUACUUAAGCUUAAGAUUAGCUCGCACUCAAAGCAAUGUUUAUAAAAAUGGACUGCGACCUAACUCUCUAGAUUAGUCUGAGUAAGCUCUAUAGAUCUCAGCCUAAUACUGUUCACCAAUAACACAUUAGUAUCGCUGUGAAUAUUCAUUUUUAUUGCUCAAUUGAAUGAAUAAAUGAAUGAAUCAAGGCUGCUUCCAUUUAAAAUAUACAAAUUAGCAUACGGUCUCGAAUGUUCUCGAACAGUCGGUAACAAGACAGAAAAACAUGUUUUUGUAAACAAUAUGUUAUUUUUUUUAAGUGAUACCCUGACUUCUGGGAUUAAUUAAAUUAAAUUUGUAACUAUCAAAA